AUGUCUGCGGUAGGAGUGCCAUCCGCUAGGGUCUUGCCAGAUGCGGUAGAAGCUAUCGCCAAAACCAACAAAGAAGGCUUCAAGCAAGGCAUGGCCGUUACCAAGAAGGAAAAUGAUGCCUCAGAAAUACUCACCAACGCAUCUGGUACCAUUCUCGGCUCCUUCUUCAAGACUGUGGACGUUCAACGUUACUAUAGCAGCAGAGGAAGUUCGGGAAACCCUCCACGCCCAGGCCUAGACAAGAAUCAGAGAAGCCCCGCUCGCUUUGGAAUGCCUGGAUCAAGCGCGCAUAUCUUCCACCGCGAGGAUGGUCACACUCUGGAAAUGUUCGACUCGCGAUUCAGCAGCUUCGAUCAGCACCAUCACCCCACUGUGGUCGUCUACCAGCAGGGUGGAUCCGGGGGCAUGGUCAGCCUCGAAAAAGGGUGA